UGCCGUCCGUCGGGACUUUUCAAUUUAUCGCGGUGUCCGAUGAAAAUCGGAGAAGUAAUCGGUAGAAAAUAAUAAACACUGCGAUGGUAUAAAAAUAGAGAAAAGAAAGAAAAGACGGAGACGGGAUGAAAUGGCGCCGCCGAGGGUGAGAGCCGGCGGCGAGACAGCGGUGUUCUUCGCGGCGACGCUGGCGAUAUGGGGCGUGUGGGUAGCCUUCGAAAUGAGCGUCAACAGGAGGUCCGAGCUCGUGCUCGUCGUCGCCGGCUUCUUCUUCUUUCAGGCCGCGAACUGGGCCAUGCGCUUGGCUGUCUCCCGCGACCCGCUCUUCGUCAACACCGCCGCCUCGCUUCUCCACUCCACCAUCACCUCUGCCUCCGUUGUCCUGAUUCUGAUUAAUCAGUGUCACAUCAAGGGAUUCAGCAAUAUGUUUGAACAUGAACAACUGUUCGGCGGUGCAUGGCUUGGUGCAUAUGCUUCAUUGUGUUUCUCCUGUGGUUACUUUGCGUACGACCAAUUGGACAUGCUUCUGUAUCGCCUCUAUAGUGGUUGGAUUCCUGGUAUUCUUGUUCACCAUUUGAUUCUUCUGGUUUGCUUUACACUGGCUCUGCACAGGAAUGUCACAAUCAACUAUCUCAUACUCACUCUCAUAUGCGAGCUCCAUUCAAUCUUUCUGCAUAUGAGAAAAGUGAGGAGGAUCGCUGGGUUUGGAGAUGCAAAAAGUAGAAUGGUGAAAGUUGAAUGGGUGCUCAACUGGACCACUUUCUUCAUUGCAAGAUUUGGAUCCCACAUACUUAUAACAUACAAGCUAGUAGCUGAUGCCGCUAAGUUCAGGAAGGGCAUCGAACUCCCACUAGCUCUGUUUGGAAUGGUUGGUAUGAAUUUGCUUAACAUCAUUCUAGGCCUCGACCUCUACAAGGCUUAUAAACGUGAGAAAAAUGAGCGAAAAUGUCAGGAAUAGAGAUGGGUUUGCUCUUUUUCUCAUUAGUUUACACAUUUUGUUGGAAUGGAGGAACUCAGAAGUUGGUCUAAACCAUUAGAGGUGGAAAAAUUAGAAUUGUCAGGGGUAGAGUUGAAUCCAUUUGAGGUAGAACAAGUUAAAUGAGUUCUCAAACCUUCUAUUGUUGCGCCUACGAUGUUCUAAGGUCUCUAAGGGCUUGACCAAGGUUGAAGACAUUAACUCUUGGUAAUCUCUCUUGUGCUUUUAAUUUCAUUUAUUAUAUUGAGAGAUGAGUGAUCAUUAUAAAUUUCAUUUAUUGUAUUAAGAGAAAAGUUGUCAUUGUAAACAUUCUAGAAGUGAAGUGAUGUAAGAGGUUUACUUCAAAAUCUCUUAUACAGGGCAGUUUAGUGGAAACAUUCAAGGAUGAUGUAUCAAAUGCUUCAUAGGCUGUGAAGAAUUAUCAAAGUUUCUAAAUCAUGUA